AUGCCGUCCAGCUUCUAUGAUCUUCUCACGCACAACGCGAGCGCACCGCACGGGGUUUAUUCACCCGUCACGCUCAGCCAUGAAUGGCCCAAGCUUGACAGACUACUCUUCAUGGUCUGCUGCUCGGUCAUCAGCUCCAUUAUGAACGGCUACUUCGUAGCUUCCUUUUUUGUUGAACACACGCUGAAACGCCUGGGAAAUGCAUUCUUGGCGUGUGUUGGCGUGGCCGACAUGUUAAUCACCACUGGGGUCAUGCCAAUGUCCGCUGUAGUCCUGCUUUCCGGGGAAUGGGACCUACUCCCUGUAUGCCAAUCGUUACAUUUCCUCACCGAGGCAUCCACCUAUAGCUACAGUAUAUUCUUCGCGCUGGCGGCAGGCGAAUGCUACUACCGGGUUUGCGGUACUUCAUCGGAAUACGACAUGAUCUUUUCGAUGCGCAUAGGAUGUUUAUCGAUCAUCGUGUUUUGCGUCAGCGUCGUGGUCGCAGGCGUUGGCGUCUUUAUGGACCUCGACUACGACUACUGUGAACGCAAGCACUUCGGCAACUUCUACUUUAGAAUAAUCACAUUCGUGAUCCUCCACGUAAUACCCAUGCUCCUCACUAUAUUUGGUUUUGUCACAUCCUUGACCACAAUACGUAAGAAGUCGCGUGAUCAGACGCAGUACAAACGAUCACAGCAAUUCGACAGGGAUUAUUCGGCCGCCAGCCUAAACCUAGUAGCAUAUUUGUUAUAUAUUCUGGCCUGGAUACCGUACCUCAUCAUUGUGCUUGAAUUUCCAUCCACUAGUGAUAGCAAGUUUUACUAUUCUGCUUGGAUUGGAAUCUCUCGAUCGGCAAUAACGAGCUUCUUAUACUGCGCCGCUAAUAGAAACUACAGACGAGCUUUCGCUCACUUGUUCAAUUACUGCUGCUGCAAAAGUAGUCUGUCAAGCUCAUUUGGAGGUCGUCAUAGAAGAGACUACUACAGGCCGUCAUGCGAUGUCAGGGUCCACAUCAUGCACAAAGCCGUCAACUCCCACAGCCCACAACGACAUCGUGCUGCUUCCACUUGUCGCGAGACUCAAGACUUGUAAACUGACUGAGCUGUUCUUUCGUUUCUUAUUAAGUAGGUACAUGUUUAAGUUUAAUAUAUUUUUAAUUUAAUCUGAAUGUUAAUAAAAGU